UUGUCUCUAGCUGAAUGUCAAAUUCCAUCCUCGAUAAUUAACAGGCCUGGUGAACAUUUUAAGACGUACCUAAUCGACAGGAACCCUCACGAGCCUUACCGUUUGUGGAGGUAUGAUUGGAGAGGAUUUAGGAAGGAUGAUUGGCAUACAGCUCCAAAUGAUUGCUUAGAGAGGGUUGAAAAGAAAUUCUAUGAGCCAUUUUACAGAAGAAAUUAUCACGAAUUGAUUCCGCUGAAAGAGAUGUUUGAAGACUUUAAAAUAAACCAUCCGGAGAGACUUCUGAGAGAAUAUCUUUAUCGGGAUCCGAUGUUAGCCCUAAAACAAAAGCUCAGCCCGAAUGCCUGCUAUAGUCUUUGCAAUUAUGAAUAUAAACCCCCAUCGUCAAUGAAAAUAAGUGACAGGGAGAUUAAACGUAACGUGUUCAUAUCAAACAAUUAUGUCAAUUUUGAUGAUGGCUAUGCAGUUGAUUUUAAUCAUUAA